AUGGAUGAAGAUGGCCAUGUCGCUACAGAAAUGCCGAAUACCGUUCAGGGACAGGAUUCCGAGAAAGGUGCGGACCAAAUAUCAAGCCCUAACAUCAAACCAGAAGAUGACGAGUUUAAAACAGUACUUACAGAAUUGGAGGCACUUCCCUUUCAUGACGAAAACCAGAGAACCGUCUUCUUUGAAAACAUCAAUCGCUUACAGGACAGACAUAUUAUUCAGAUUUUCAAGUUAGGCGUUGUUUCGUUGCAAACGUCUACUACUGAAGGUUCUGAAUUUCUCGAAGACGUGAUGGAGCUUUUUGAGAUAUGCUUAUCUUUUUGCUAUACUACUGAUGUAUCCAAAAGAGUUGCUUUUGAAUAUUAUGCCAGUGCCUUGAAAUUCUGCUUUCGUCCGGAGCCAUUUCGCUGCCUUUCAACUGAGGUUCUUUCCAGUCUACUUGAACUUGUACAGAUGUUUCAAAAAGGAAAUCUUGCUACCAUUGUCUGCGACCAAAAAGAGCAACAACCCAACCCAAAGUACUAUUUAAAAGGCACUAAACAUUUUUUUCUUGAGCUCCUCGAGGUAUUUGAGAGGAGACAAGAUGAUGGCGACAUUUCAGAAAUCGUCCGUCAAACAAAGAGAUUUGCUGCUGCAGACGCCAAGGCAUCUUGUAUCAAAGAGCACAAAGCCGGAAAUAAGCGUUUUCGAAAUGAUCACGUGGUAUCGCCUAUUUUCCUGACAAACUGGAUAAACUUGCUGAAAUUAGCGAACGUCAGUAAUAGCUUUGCAUCAACGUUAGCCAAACAGGACCCUUUGAGUCACUGGAAAAAUUACAUGUAUUUUCCAAUACUUUUACCUGAUAGUUUUUUACCUGAUAAGAUUCAGUCCAUUCCAAUAGAUGUUCAUGAAUCAGAUGUUCGCACCAUUUUUGAAAUUUUAAAAGAGAUGAAAGACAGCGGUAGCGAACUUAAUCUUGCUGUGGACGAGGAAAGGCUGAGUGUAUUCUUCAAGCAUAUGGAUCACAUUCGCCAAACAAGAGAGGUGACUAUGUCUUCACUGAAGCUUUUAGCUACAACAACUAUUUCCACAGAUGUUCUACGGCAGGUGCUUCACCAGUUCUUUGAGGAGGGAAAAGUAAAGACGCAAAAUGUUCAUUCAUCCUUAGAGGUCAAGGUAACAGCUUUUGAUCAUCUUCUGAAAGUAUUAACGCUGCUUCCAGACGGGAGGAUAGUCAGCAAAGUUUUGAAACUCUGGAGGGAAACCUCUGUGUUUGAAUCUAAUUAUUAUCUACAUUGUAAAUGUUUUUUGGACUUGUUUUUGGAAGAGUCAACUAGUGCAGAUCGAUGUGAUUUAAAUGAAAAAGCGGAAAGAACACUCAUUUUCUUGCAUUGGCUUCCUUCCUAUUUGCUUUGUUUCAUAACGAUUUGGGGUCCUUUCCUUUCCCAUUUCAUAAAAGCAUUUCCAAAUUCGUUUGAAAAACGCCCAGAGGUGUUAUUUUUCAUCCACAAAGCUGAGGUAGCAGCACGAUUGUCUGCUGAAAAGCGUCAAGAAACUGUCAGCCGGUUUGAUCAAUAUAGCCAGUUCAUGGCAUGGAUUUCUCAGCAGUGUUUUAGCGAAGAAGUAAAAAGCGAGAUGGUUUGGUUGCUCAUGUGGUGCACCGACGGCGGAUCACUAGCCAAAAAUGGGACGUUUUCAGAAAACAUCAUUAAAAAGGUCACCUUAAAUCAAGAAAUGCCAUUUAGGAAAAAAGCAGUUAUCGUCCGUGAUGUAACUCGUUUAGCCCAACUCUUACAGGGUCAAGCGAAUAUGGACUUUGAGCGGUUCGUCGAGAACAUCAUUUCAACCCAUAUCACUGAAGUUGACGGUGAGAUUUUUUCAGAGAUUUUUGAUUGUGUGAAACGAUUUGUUGACGAUGAGGGACCCAUAAAGAUCAUUCCUAUGAGCAAGAGUUUAGAUAUUUUGAAACGAUUUGGUGAUGUGUCUGGACCCAUGGAUGGUCCUAUGACAGUGUCGCAGCUGCUGUCCCUGUUAUCAGAGAUUCCGAUCUCAGAUGACCGAAUAUCAAAACUUCUGCAGAUGGCAAAACAAUCCGAGGAGGGCUUAGUGAGCGUUAGCCUAAUGGUUAGCGUUUUAAAUCCUCUCUAUUUUUUCAUCAGCAAGGAGGAAAUGAAUGAUUAUUUUGACAUUCUUUUGUCCGUUUUUGAUGGUGUUCUUAAAGGGAAAAACGAUUUGUGUGAGCAAUUUUGUAAACACGUUCAAAAGUACUGGUUUCCAUCUCAACUUCAAGAGGUCUGGGCAGAGGUUGCCAAAUUGAUUUCCUCAGGCUCGUUCAAGGAAGAAAUCGAAGGUCACUGUUGCUGUGAAAUUCUUAAGGCUGCAUCAAACCUUACUUCUUCUGAGAUGUUGCAACUCUUUUCCGAGGUAAGGUCAUCGGCCGUGAAAGUGAUCAGGCUGUUAAAGGAUCGAAACGACAUUCACGGCGCAUGCGCCAGUGUCUCCGAAUGUGUACCAGAAACUUUUGUUUCAUCUCUGUCAGUCGUCGUGAGCUCGAAGGCAUUAGGUGGAAUGGAAAAACUGCUUCUGGUCAAAAAGUUGUGUGAAAUCUUUUUGAGAUACCCGGAAAGCUUAUCAGAGAAGGCUAUGGAAAACGCCUUAAGCAAUCUCUUCCCGUUAUCAUGUUUUCGAGACAACUGCUGUUUACACAAUAGACAUUUAUUGCGUUGGGAGAUUUACCAUACGGAAGCCAUAUUGGACAAUCCUACAAUCCUCACCCAACUGUCAAGAAUUCCAGCCAACUCCUUUUGCGCUGUCAUUUCUAAGAUGAAUUCUUACUCACUAUCAGCUAAUAGUAUUGUCGAAAUUUAUCAAUUCUUUGGUACGCUUGAGGGUUUAGAUCAAACAUUCUUUGACAAUUUGUUGACAGUCAUUGAAAUAGCUAUAAAAGAGUCAAAUUCGGUGAAGGGUGUGUUGCAGAUCUUGACGGAACUGGUGUGCAUUGUUCGUACUACCCGUUCAGAACUGAUUACCUUGACCAUGGCUACUUUUGGGAAUCUUUUAGAAAGCAAAGUUGGCACACAAGAGAGACUUCUAUUUCUCAACAAUUUAGCCAUGGAGUGGGAUUUCUCCCCAGAUGUUAAUGUUUUUGCCUAUUUAGAAGUCUUCCGACUUCUCUGGAAAGUGUACACGACUGACAAAAGAACAGCUGAAAAAAGUGAUGUAAUAGAUCGCCUUCAAGAAAUUCUCAAGAAAGCAAAUGAAAACGUUUUCGGGUAUUGUACAUCGGGUCUGUGGAGCGUGGAACCUCGCGAUGAUUUUGUAAGAAAAGUUCACUGUUGUGAGUUUGAGUGGCUUGUUCUUUGCUCCACUCUUUCAAACGAUGAAGCGGCCCUAGCGUGCAACUUGAUGUUUCGUCGUUAUUAUCCACAACAUUUAAGAUGUUUCGAUUUCUCUGGGGUGUACAUUGAAGAUUACAGCAUCAAAUUUGUACCUUACGUUUCCGAAUCAGAAAAAGUGGACGAGGUCAGCGUGGCACCAAUAACUACACUAUCAUCUACAAGGAAUGCCUUUUCAAUCAACGAGCCGCAUGGCAAAAUUCUCACACCUUUGGUAAUUGCAGAGAAAGUCAUUUUCCACUUCAGACGUCUGCUCGGGGAAAAAGAGGACCUAACAGAAAAUGCAUUCAUCUUUUGGGAUCGUGCCCUAACACAACCACGGUAUUGUGGGGAAGAAGAAUGUGAAGGACGUAAGCCUUCUUUUGACGAGUACGUAGAUGUGUUUCUGUCUAUUCUAUCAGGGACCUCCACAGUAGAAGUACUUUUACACUGGAUUAAUCAAAAUUUGCACCACGUUUGCCAAUGCUCAGAGGUUAUUUUGAAUGCCUGUAAACAGAGUCUUUUCACAGGCGACGUUGCCAUGGAAGCACUCUUAAGAUUUCAAGGUGCUGUGAGUGCCAUACUGGAAAGAAUGCGUUUAGAUGCAGCAAAAGAUGAGCCUAUUCUUUCCUUUCUGGGUUGUCCUGUAUCAUGCUUUCGGCGUCUAAUGCCGCAACUAAAAAGCCUGAGUAACCUUCUUGAGUUCAAGUUGUCUGUUGACACGAAAACAGCCGUCCUGAGGAUAUUUCAAACCAGUGUACUAGCCGGAGUCGCAAUUGCGGAGGUGUUGUCCUUCUGCUCAUGCGAACAGCAGGCUCUAAAGUUAGCCAAACACUUUGAAAGACACUGUCAAGAAAAGAAGACCUUAAUAUCUCCAGCGCAGAAGGAAUUUGUGUGGCAGUUACUUAAGGCGUUUUGUCGGUUUUGCAAUAACUUGUGUGAUGAUGUGCUUGCCAGAUAUGAGAUACUAAGUAAGCUAUACGACCAAGAAGAUCCGUAUGGCUUUAAUCGCUUGCCUAAAUGGCGUCAUUUAAUGUUGACAGACGGCUAUUCUGCUCAAGUUAUUGAUUGGUGGUGUGUUGCAUUCCUGAUGACGCCACUUGAAGACGUUUCAUCUCGGGAUGUCGAUUCUAUUGUCAAUCUAAGUUCAGGCACAUUGAAACUUGUUGAAUCUCAGUUGUCUGAAACAAUUCAAAGAUGCCUUUUCCCUAAAGAUGGUUUUCGAGUUUCACCGGAAGAAGGGAUUAAAAGACAAGAAACCAAGGAACGUCUUCGACUAGCCAAACUACUUGGCGAAUUCAUCAAUAUACUAAGAGUUUUAAAACCUGAUGAAAAUCGUAAACAUGCUGUCAUCAGAGAAAUGCUUGUCUGUGGAUGUAAUAAGCUCUGUGACGCACAUGAAAACCAAGCAAGAAGAAACGAUCUGUACAUAAUUCAAGAAAAGCAGCUGAAAGCUUUGUUCACUGAGGUUUUUGGCAAGCAACACAAACACAACGAUGAUGCAGAAAAUGUUUGCCCUACACACAAAACAGUUGACGGAGGCUCGAGAGGAUCAACAGAUCUUUCAAGACAGUCAACCUGUUCACAAGAGAACCUUCCAUUGAUCAUGAGUCACCGCGAAGUCUAUCAGCCAUUACUAGUUUUGUUAAGGCGUUGGUUAUCCCGAAUUGUCGUAAGACCGAAUCUUGCCUCUCUUACGCUUAAGAUUGUUCACCCACUCUUUUCAGUUGACUCCAAAGAACAAGGCAAGGAGGUUUUAUUGCGAGUACACAGUGAAAUUAAAGAUCACAUUUUAUCCCUGGAAGAGAAUCAGGCUCUCAUAGCUCAGCUUCAGGCUUCGGGAUACAAUCAAAACAGGCAAGGACACCCGGAUUUGUGGUCUUCUCCAAAAUUGGAGUGUUCUGGCUACAUCAGUAAAGUCGAGGCGCCAGAUGGUAGGAGAUAUAUAAGGAAACUGACCCAAGUUCUGAGGCAGUGGUGGAACCAGUGGAAAGAUGUCCUUUCCAAGCUUCGUAUUUUCCAAAUAAAAGUUGGCGAAAACUACGUGCGCACGGAUGACCUUUUUGGUCUUCACGCAUCUUUGGAGGAAAUGGAGCAGCAGGUGUCCGCUGUCAGUGAAAGGGUCAAUCAAAUUCAAGAGAUUGACGAAAGAAUUCAACAAGUUAUUGAACUAAUGGUACGCACGGAACAACAACAUCGUGCAAGGAUUAAGACAUUGUACAAGGGGACCAAGGUGAGAGAAAUAAUUUUUUUUCUCCUUUUACGAUUUCAGUUUAUGGGAUACAAAUAGGAACGAGUUUCACGAUCAUACUGGGCAUCACAAAAAGACUAAAAAGUAAACAUUUAAGAAGUUCCAGCGUAUGUAAACUUAACGGUGGCGAUUAACCUACAGACUACGAGUCUGGGCGCAAGUAACAUUGUAAAAGAACUUAAAGAUAUCCACUUUCUUUUUUUUUCAGUGGGCGGGAGGAAAGAUAGAUUGGCAACAAUGUGCUUGUAGUAAAUGUCAAAAUUUAGGCUACUCAUAGGUUCUUAAAUAGGUUUUUAUUUUCUGAAGAAAAAAAUAUACAUUGAAGCUGAGUAUUUAGUGGAAUAUUAUUACAUUAUUAUUUUUAGUAUUUAGUAGUAUACCAUUACAUUUUGAAACGUCUCUAAAGAGGAUUCUGAAUGUUUGCCCAAGUGCACAGAAUUAUUUAAAAGAUUUUAGAAAAUAAGAACCUUUUUCAAGUUUAAGGCGAACUUGGUUCUUUUCUAGAGGGAGCCUAACUGCCAAAUACUAGCCUAACCGUACCAGCCAAGUUCUUAAAAACCUCGUUCUUAGUCGUGGGUUUUUACUGUAUAUGUAUAGCCCAAUUUUACAAUUAUAGUAAGGUGAAAAAAUACUCUGAGUCAAAAUUAAUGUUUUUCUUCUAGACCUCAGGAGCAUGUGGAAACCAGAGAGCUAAAAUCACGAAAUUUGUUGCUGUUUGGGAAAAUCGAUUUCUGGAAAACGUGAAACUGUGCUCGGAGCGAAUUCCAGGUGGGUUUAAAAACCGAUUGGGAAGGUGGAGAAUAAUAUUUUAUGACGAGAGAGCUUCAGAAACUCAUUAAUAAUUCAUAAAGAGUAUGUUAGUCUCUGUGAGUGAUCGUUGCCACGCAGGCUCAGUGGUCGCUAAAGGAAUGACCUAAAUACAAUAUUGCACUGUACAAGAUCUUUAUCAACGAACCAUUAGUGCAAUGUGCAGUUUCAUUUAAGGGUUGAUUUAUAUGAAUAAGACUCUGAGAGGUCGCUUACGAGAGCUUAACAAACGAAAAAUCCAGUUGGAUAAUCCCAAGAGUGGUCGCGGUCGCUUACGGGAGAGGUCGCUUACGAGAGCUUUUCAUUACAAAGUUUAAGUCACAAUUCAAACGGUGUUUCACAAAGGUGGUCGUAACUAGAACUGGUCGCUUACGAGAGUGGUCGCAAGGAGAACUUCUACUGUAAUUGCAUUAUGAAGCAUGCAAUUGGCUCGGAAACUUUGAGUAGAGCUUUACUGGUGAAGUCAAUUUUGAACCUUGCUCACUAAAUCCAGCUAAACGUUACCUCCAGUAUCUGCCGAUUAUAGAAGGUAGUCUGUGUAAAUGUUAGGACCGGCUUAAUUGCAAGAGUAUCGUUAGCUAGUUUAGUGCAACUUUUAACCAGGGCCAUCUUGAUAUAGUGACCAAUCGGAUUUCAGGAAAAUACAUCCCUAGAAAGUUGGUUGUCAAUCACAAUUAAUACGAAACGAAAUAAACAACUUGUUGAAAUCAAUUAGACCUUUUUACCGAUACAGCGGCCAUAUUGAAUUUUUAGAUUUAAGGAGUAUCAUGGGAUGCCCAGGGGGCACUCUCUCAGUAUUUACGCGCGCUUUUCGGGCAAAAAGAGAACUUCACUGUAUAUUUCUCGGGAAAAAGACGAUCAUUAUUACAUCCAAACACGGCACAACGAUCUUUUUUUCCAUUGCAAUCUUUUUAUAGGAAAGCUUAAAGAAAAACUGGCUGGAAAAGCGCGCGUUAACACUGAGCGUGUAUAUGGAAUCGUGCUCAUGCCCCCUGGGCAUCCUAUAAUACUCCUUAAAUCUAAGUAAUUCAAUAUGCGUAGCCGCCGCAUCGGUAAAAAGGUCUAUUACAACUACAGCCGUGACCUUUUGAAUCCGCUGAAGAAAACUCGUGUUUCCUGAAGGGUCCUUUAGAGUGAUUGACGAAGCGAAGAAAAAACGUAUUCGUUAGUUACUGUAUACUUUUUACUUCAGGUCGCAUGGUAUAUAUUGCACGGCGCUGCAAUGUUAGUGAAGAAAUUGCUGGUAGAUGGCAAAUAUGUAUCCUGCGUGCUAUAUUAAAGUUUCGGAUAGAAAAGCAUUGGGUGCUGACCACUUAAAUAAAAACACCCGGGUGGAAAUCAUUUUUGCAAGUAAACAUGAAACUAGAAAAGGAGUUUGGCGUGAUGGGAGAACAAACCUCUACAAAGAAUAUCCAAAUCAGCUGAACAGACUAAAACAAGGAGAAAAAUUGCAAAACUGUAAAUAUGACUAAGUGACUGCUGGCUGCACGGUUAUCCUGUUAAUUCUAUAACGCUCUAUUUCUUGUUUCUAAAUGUCAAUUUAGUUUCAUCGAACAAACCUUAUUUGUCUUAAAGGAUGCUACGCUCCCAACGGCUUUCACUCGGAGAAACCUGUCCUGUGUGCUUUAUCUGUGGACAACAGGAUUCUGACUGUCUUUAAGGAGGAGAAAAAUGGUAACAGAGAGGAAGUUGAGAACGUGGAAGUGAAACUGUUCGAGGCUGGUAUGUACGUGUACGAGCUGCACACGAGUGGCCAUGAGUACGUAACAGAUGAGCUGUGGGCUGCUUUUUAUAAGAUGCUUUUGAACGAGAGACUGGUACCCAGAAUUGUCUUAUCUAAUGAAAGCCCUGGUUUUGACUGGAUAAAGGGAUUCGUGAAUCCAGGUAACGUGUACCAUGUACAUUAUCCAAGCAGAGCACGGCAUUCCAGAAAAUUUAAGUCAACAGUCCUGUCAUAUAUCAUACGAUAGACUCCGUAAUCCUAUUCAGAACGGGAAGGGCUUUUUUUAGAGAAUUAUUUAAGAGGGAAUGUCCACUAAGAUCGAGCCGAAUCGAAAAUUCGUGGCACAUGAUGAAAAAUCAAAAUUCCUGAUAUUUCGUUCAGAGAUACCCUAUGGUGGUCUAAGAAACGUGGUGGUAUUUUUUUUCUUGAAGUAUUUUUUGGAACGCUACAAAAAAAUAAACAAAGGUAAGCUUGCUCUGUUUAAUUCUAAUCAUUCUGGUAAAGAUGAAUGACAUGGUGACAGAGAUGGUGGCCCAGAUCCGAUGAUACGGUCCAUAACCAAAUAUUCCAGCUAGUUGAAGCUAACUCAUCAGUAUCAGUUAGACCCACAGAACGUAAUAUAAUCUUUUCUCCCUUGAUGAUUUCUUUUAGCAAAAAGUCUUCCCUAUCCUUGGAAAUGGGAGCUUCACCGAGGGAUUGUUCCACCGGAGGAGGACUACUUCGAUCAUCUGCCGAUAAAGGCAGCAAUAUGGCCAGCUGAUUUAAAUUUAACAGAAUUUAUCAUUUUGUCGAAGGAGGACGUCGAAAGUUUUCAGUUUGAAGAGUUUGAGGUAAGUCGUAAACUGAAUUAUAGGGAAUAAACUUUGUUCCUGUUCUCAGCACCGUUACAUUUCAACUAGUGUUUUAAAUCUAUGCUGGCUGAUUUUCGCCCCACGUUAGGGAAUCCAAGGCAGGCUUGGAUUCCAGGUACUGGGUUCCGGUCUUUGUCAAGGGAACUUGUAUUCCGGACUCUAAUAGUUAGUGGGAUCCCAGAUUUCUUGAGCUGUAUUCAGGAUUCCAAAGCCCAGGAUUUCGGAUUCCACAAGCAAAAAUUCCCCGGAUUCUCUUGCAUGGGGCAAUGACUUGCACAACACUAGCGGGUACUAUUGCAGUCGGAGUUUUCAAAUUUGCUUUUCACCGAUUAUGAUGGAAAGCCUUUCAAGAUUUUGACAGAUCUGUAAGACAUGAUGGCAAAAUAUUAACAAAACUGCGAGCAGAGCGGCAAGCAACAGUUGGUCAUCUGACAAUAUCCUGCUAAAAUUUGCUGCUCAUAUUCGAGGAAAUGUUACCCGCGGUCGGACAUAAUAACUCCCUGCGUGGGGAGAGCUUCCUACUAAUAGGCUAAUGGGGAUGUGCUGCUGGAUGGGGUCGCCUUUCCACGACUGGAUUGACUAUAAUGGGGUUGCUUUUUCAAAAGUCAGAGUUACUACCUAGUUGAUUACUAGAAAGUGGGGCCGUACAUUCUCGGACUGUAAAAAGCAUCUUAGUAAGUGCGCGUUUUCUCGUUCCGUACUCUAAUUUACGGAAACUCCUGUUUCACGCCGAAGUUGAAAAAUCUCGCUCCGUUAUAACUUACAGAUCAGAGUUCGAAUUAGUUUUGGGUAUUAAUAUAUAAAAGCGCAUUUUCUCAGCCGGAAGCUUACCGAACGAUGUCUGUAAUAUACAGACGUUAAUUGAUUUAGCCAUUUUCCCUGUUGACAACAUGUACAGAUUUAUGAUUAGUUAAUAUGUCUGUAAUAUACAGACGUUAAUUGAUUUAGCCAUUUUCCCUGUUGACAACAUGUACAGAUUUAUGAUUAGUUAGCAUUCUAUGAAAAUACCGACGUUGUGUAUUAUGAUCCCGGACAUGGCCAAUAACCAGAUUGUUUUUGAAUGGUUCUGAAUUGUGUUUAAUUGAAAUUUAAUAUCGUUAGGACGCAUCUACAUUCGAGAAGAAAGAAAGGCGAUCAAAGAAAAUCGUAGGAGAAGCCAUUCAGAACCUAAAGGAUGAGCUGCGCUUGCUGCACGGGGAAGAUGAAUCAGUAAGGACAGCUCUGGCGGGGAAGCUAGCACCUGUUGUUAAGAAAACGAUCCAAAGCAUCACUGGUGGAGAAGACCCCUCUGAGGAAAUGGUGGAGAAGAUGAUUGAUAUGAAGAAACUCUCCUAUAGAAACCCUCAAGUUUCGACGGGAAGCGGGCAGCAAUACGCAGCUGCAGUAAUUCGCGCUUGUAAAAUGACGCACUGUACAGAGUAA